ACAAAAAAAAUUCAAAUAACCCACAAUUCUCAACAAUGUCUAACUCCCCACCAUUCCUCACCACCGUCCUCCUCCUCAUAACCACCACUUUCUCCGUCGCCGCCGCCGCAUCCUCCGGCAACACUUUUCGCAAAAUCUAUGCUUUCGGUGACUCCUACACCGACACAGGAAACACCGUUUCCUCAUCCGGUCCAAGCGGUUUCAAUUACGUCUCGAGUCUUCCAUACGGCACGACAUUUUUCCACCGCCCUACAAACCGUUAUUCGGACGGUCGUUUAAUGAUUGAUUUUGUCGCGGAAUAUCUCUCUUUACCGCUUCUGCCGCCUUAUCGAGACGCAAAAGCGGAUAGAUCGCAUGGGGUUAAUUUUGCGGUGGCGGGAUCGACUGCGAUUCGGCAUAGUUUUUUUGUGAGGAAUAAUUUGAGUAUAAAUGUUACUCCUCAAUCACUUGGGACUCAACUUAUUUGGUUUGAGAAGUUUUUGGAAGAUCGGAAGGGGAAGGUUCUAGAAGAUUCUGAGAUUGAAGAAGCUUUGUUUUGGGUUGGUGAAAUUGGAGCUAAUGAUCAUGCUUAUACAAUUGGAUCUUCAGUUAAGAGUAGUACAAUUCAGAAGCUUUCCAUUAAGAGUAUCACUGGAUUUUUACAGGUCUUGUUGAAAAAAGGUGCAAAGUAUGUCGUGGUCCAAGGCCUUCCAACCACCGGAUGCCUCCCCUUAACUAUGUAUUUGUCAUCGGAUGUUGAUAGGGAUGAUAUCGGUUGCGUAGGGAGUAUAAACAAGAAUAAUUACGAACAAAACAAGGUCCUCCAAACCGUGUUAAAAAAAAUGAGACAACAAUUUCCUAAAGCGGUCAUUGUUUAUGCCGACUUUUGGGGCGCGUACCAUGAGGUUAUGAAGAAUCCGGGUAAAUAUGGUUUUCGCGAACUUUUUGAGGCGUGUUGUGGGUCAGGGGGAAGUCCGUAUAACUUUGAGUUGUUUGGAAUUUGUGGGUCUAAUGCGUCGACGACUUGUAAGAAUCCGAAUGAGUAUGUGAAUUGGGAUGGAGUUCAUCUUACCGAAGGGAUGUAUAAGGUGGUUGCGGGUAUGGUAAUAAAUGGAACUUAUAGUCGGCCUUCGUUUGAGUAUUUGUUGAAGAGAAGGGAAGGAGGGAAAAUGUAAUUCUUAUGUUUUCUUUUUAAUAUUUUAGGUAUGGAGAAUGGCCUUGGUUGGUUGAAAACAAUAUUGUUUAAGAAUAUGGGCGAAUUUGAAUUUGAGUUUAA